GGAGCCGGCGGACGCGGCUCAGCCUCCAACCCUCCCCGGGUCAUGGCCGGCAACGUGAAAAAGAGCUCCGGGGCCGGGGGCGGCGGCGGCUCCGGGGGCUCGGGCUCGGGCGGCCUGAUCGGGCUCAUGAAGGACGCCUUCCAGCCGCACCACCACCACCACCACCUCAGCCCCCACCCGCCCGGCACCGUGGACAAGAAGAUGGUGGAGAAGUGCUGGAAGCUCAUGGACAAGGUGGUGCGAUUGUGUCAGAACCCAAAGCUGGCGCUAAAGAAUAGCCCACCUUAUAUCUUAGACCUGCUGCCAGAUACCUACCAGCAUCUCCGCACUGUCUUGUCAAGAUAUGAGGGGAAGAUGGAGACACUUGGAGAAAAUGAGUAUUUUAGGGUGUUCAUGGAGAAUUUGAUGAAGAAAACUAAGCAGACCAUAAGCCUCUUCAAGGAGGGGAAAGAAAGAAUGUAUGAGGAGAAUUCUCAGCCUAGGCGAAACCUAACCAAACUGUCCCUGAUCUUCAGCCACAUGCUGGCAGAACUAAAAGGAAUCUUUCCAAGUGGACUCUUUCAAGGAGACACAUUUCGGAUUACUAAAGCAGAUGCUGCAGAAUUUUGGAGGAAAGCUUUUGGGGAAAAGACAAUAGUCCCUUGGAAGAGUUUCCGACAGGCCCUUCAUGAAGUGCAUCCCAUCAGUUCUGGGCUCGAGGCCAUGGCUCUGAAAUCCACUAUUGAUCUGACCUGCAAUGAUUAUAUUUCAGUUUUUGAAUUUGACAUUUUCACACGACUCUUUCAGCCCUGGUCCUCUUUGCUCAGGAACUGGAACAGUCUUGCCGUAACUCAUCCCGGUUACAUGGCUUUCCUGACCUAUGACGAAGUGAAAGCUCGGCUCCAGAAGUUCAUUCACAAACCAGGCAGUUACAUUUUCCGGCUGAGCUGCACUCGUCUGGGUCAGUGGGCUAUUGGGUAUGUCACUGCUGAUGGGAACAUUCUCCAGACGAUCCCUCACAAUAAACCUCUCUUCCAAGCCCUGAUUGACGGCUUCAGGGAAGGCUUCUAUCUGUUUCCAGAUGGACGGAAUCAGAAUCCCGACCUGACAGGCUUAUGUGAACCAACUCCCCAAGACCACAUCAAAGUGACCCAGGAACAAUAUGAAUUAUACUGUGAGAUGGGCUCCACCUUCCAACUGUGUAAAAUAUGCGCUGAAAACGACAAGGAUGUGAAAAUUGAGCCCUGUGGACACCUCAUGUGUACGUCCUGUCUCACAUCCUGGCAGGAAUCAGAAGGCCAGGGCUGUCCUUUCUGCCGAUGUGAAAUUAAAGGUACUGAGCCCAUUGUGGUAGAUCCAUUUGACCCUCGAGGAAGUGGCAGCCUCCUGAGGCAAGGGGCCGAGGGAGCUCCCUCCCCAAAUUAUGAGGACGAUGACGAUGAACGAGCUGAUGAUUCUCUCUUUAUGAUGAAGGAACUGGCUGGUGCCAAGGUGGAACGGCCUCCUUCUCCGUUUUCCAUGGCCCCACAAGCUUCCCUUCCCCCGGUGCCACCACGACUUGACCUUCUACAACAGCGGGUAUCUCUUCCUUCAAGUGCUUCUGGUCUUGGAACUGCUUCUAAGGUAGCUUCUGGCUCCCUUCAUAAGGACAAACCAUUACCAAUACCUCCCACACUUCGAGAUCUUCCACCACCACCCCCUCCAGACCGGCCAUAUUCUGUUGGAGCAGAAACCCGGCCACAGAGACGUCCCUUGCCUUGUACACCGGGCGACUGUCCAUCCAGGGACAAACUGCCCCCUGUUCCCUCUAGCCGCCUUGGGGAAUCAUGGCUGCCUCGGCCAAUCCCCAAAGUACCGGUGGUUGCCCCAAACUCUAGUGACCCCUGGACAGGUAGAGAAUUAACCAACAGGCACUCACUUCCAUUUUCAUUGCCCUCACAAAUGGAACCCAGAACAGAUGUGUCCAGGCUUGGAAGCACAUUCAGUGUGGAUACCUCCAUGAAUGUGAAUAACAGCCCAUUAGCAGGUUCAGAGUGUGAGCACCCCAAGAUCAAACCUUCUGCAUCUGCCAAUGCCAUUUAUUCUCUGGCUGCCAGGCCUCUUCCUGUGCCAAAGCUGCCCCCUGGGGAGCAGUGUGAAAGUGAGGAGGACACAGAGUAUAUGACCCCCUCCUCCAGACCUCUAGGGCUGCCGAAGCCAGAUGGGAAACGGCCUUUGGAGACAACCCAGAGUUCACGAGUGUGUGAUUGUGACCAGCCGAUCGAUAGCUGUACAUACGAAGCGAUGUAUAAUAUUCAGUCCCAGGCAACGCCAUCUGCCACAGAGAGCGGCCCCUUCGGUGAAGGGAAUCUGGCCACGGGCCACGCGGGCGCCGGCCCCGAGGGAUCAGAAAAUGAGGAGGACGGCUACGACGUCCCUAAGCCGCCGGUGCCAGCUGUGCUGGCCCGCCGGACCCUCUCCGACAUCUCUAACGCCAGCUCCUCGUUCGGCUGGUUGUCUCUGGAAGGCGAUCCCACCACACACUUCACUGAGGGUUCCCAAGUUCCUGAAAGGCCCCCCAAACCGUUCCCUCGGCGAAUCAACUCGGAACGGAAAGCAGGUGGCUGUCAGCAGGGCAGCGCUGCCGCGGCCGCCUCGCCACAGCUCUCCAGUGAGAUCGAGAGCCUCCUGAGCCAGGGGUACUCCUACCAGGACAUCCAGAAAGCCCUGGUCAUUGCCCACAACAACGUCGAGAUGGCCAAGAACAUCCUCCGGGAGUUUGUCUCUAUCUCGUCUCCCGCCCACCUCGCCACCUAGCCCAGGCCGCUUCGCUGCCGUGUCAGAGGACCAGUGAGCCGGCGCUCUCCCCGGGGGCCC